UUUUCUUAUAAAAUCACAACCUCGCUAUCACAUAACCGACGAACAGCAACACAAAAAACGGACCUUUUCAAAUUUCGGACGUUGCCCGUGACGUCGCGCCGAGCGUGAGCUGAGGUCAUUUCCUGUUUGUGCUCCCGUUGAGUUGCUAGACGGAGGCCUAUCCGCGAUACCACCACCACCGUAACAUCGCGCACAGACCUACAGGACGGCCACGGCGAGCUUUUCAAAAGCCUUAAACGCGUCAAAUAAGCGUUGUGGGAUGAGUUUGGGCGACCGGGUUCGAGUUUCGGGCCACUGAGGGGCGGUUUGUGAGGAUAUUCGGCCGGUUGGGUGUUGUUAUUUUUGGGGCAGCUGAGUGGUCAUUGGCAGAGCUCAAUACACAACAGCUCGCGAGAGGAAUAAACAUACAUUUCACGUCUCUAAACACCCUUGUUUCACUCCACUUACAUGGGCUUUUGGAGAUUUUUACAUUUCGGUUAACCAACACAUCGCAGGAGAAUAAAAGUGGAGGUGAGUCUGGCUCUGUGGUGCUGAACGUCUGUCUGACCCGAGACUCGACGCUUCCCCUCCCCCAACCUCCCUGCCACCCUGCCCUACGCCCUACGCCCCACACACCCCUAACCCAGCAUGAACGAGGUCAGCAUCGUCAGAGAGGGCUGGCUCCACAAGAGAGGUGAAUACAUUAAGACUUGGAGGCCCCGAUAUUUCAUCCUAAAGAGUGAUGGCUCUUUCAUUGGCUACAAGGAGAAGCCAGAGACGUCAGACCACAAUCAGCCCCCUCUCAAUAACUUCUCUGUCGCAGAGUGUCAGCUGAUGAAGACUGAACGACCUCGGCCGAACACGUUUGUCAUCCGCUGCUUGCAGUGGACCACUGUUAUUGAGCGGACCUUCCACGUGGAUAGCACUGCUGAAAGAGAGGAGUGGAUACGUGCAAUCCAGGCUGUGGCCAAUGGGCUCAAGUCCCGGGAAGAGGAGGAGCCAAUGGACAUCAACUUUGGCUCCCCUGGAGACAACAGCCUGGAGGGAAUGGAAGCUGCCAUUGCAAAGUCCCGCACCAAAGUGACAAUGAGUGACUUUGACUACUUAAAGCUGCUGGGUAAAGGCACUUUUGGAAAGGUGAUUCUAGUGAGGGAAAAAGCUACUGGCAUGUACUACGCCAUGAAGAUUCUACGCAAAGAGGUCAUCAUUGCUAAGGACGAGGUUGCACACACAAUCACAGAAAGCAGAGUGUUGCAGAACACACGGCACCCCUUCCUUACGACACUAAAAUACGCCUUCCAGACACGAGAUCGAUUGUGUUUUGUCAUGGAGUACGCAAAUGGAGGCGAGCUGUUCUUCCACUUGUCUCGAGAGCGUGUGUUUACGGAGGAUAGAGCUCGCUUCUAUGGGGCUGAAAUUGUUUCAGCAUUGGAAUAUCUGCACUCUAAAGAUGUCGUCUACAGGGACCUAAAGCUGGAGAAUCUAAUGCUGGAUAAAGAUGGUCACAUUAAAAUCACAGACUUUGGCCUGUGUAAAGAGGGCAUUACUAAUGAGGCCACCAUGAAGACAUUCUGUGGGACCCCAGAGUACCUUGCUCCUGAGGUAUUAGAAGACAACGAUUAUGGCCGUGCAGUGGAUUGGUGGGGUCUGGGCGUGGUCAUGUAUGAAAUGAUGUGUGGUCGGCUGCCGUUCUAUAACCAGGACCAUGAACGUCUGUUUGAGCUCAUUUUAAUGGAGGAGAUUCGCUUCCCCAGAAACCUCUCGCCUGAGGCAAAGGCCUUGCUGGCUGGCCUUCUCAAGAAAGACCCCAAACAGAGGCUUGGAGGAGGUCCUGAGGAUGCCAAAGAAGUGAUGACACACAAGUUCUUCAGUUCCAUGAACUGGCAAGAUGUCCUUCAAAAGAAGCUUAUCCCACCCUUCAAGCCGCAAGUGACCUCAGAGACAGACACGCGCUACUUUGACGACGAGUUCACUGCACAGACCAUUACUGUCACGCCACCUGACCAAUAUGACAGUCUUGAUGCGGAGGACCCAGAUACACGCACACACUUCUCGCAGUUCUCUUACUCAGCCAGUGUGCGGGAGUGACCACUCCCCUCCCCACUCUCUCACCCUUACCAGCAAACCGGACGCCCCUCACAUACACAAACGCAAACUCAUACAAGGACACGUGCACCAGCAACCCAAGCCUUCUGAGGAGUGGGUUCUAGGCGGGAGUACGGCAUCUGUGAAUGAUCCUGAACAGGUGGUACCCUCUGGUCAGUCCUGGUUUCCGAUUGGCCUUGCAUCCAGCCAGUCGUAGCCUGACACUACACACUGCAACACAAUCCAUCAAUGAAUCACUGAAUAAAUCUCAACCAAUCAGGUACCAUCGAAAACACAGCUCAGCACCAGCAGGUUUCAGGACACGUGCUCACACUCAAAACACUGGACUACGGGACUAAAGCCUCUUGUAAACACAAAUAUCGAACACACUCUAAAUCAUCUUGUGGGGACAUGAGAAAUCAAUUUGGACUUAUUUCCCACUGAUUGUUACAGUUUUAAAGCCAUAUUUCUGCAAUUGUACAAGUGCUCUUUCUGGAACUAGCUGUUACCAAUAGUGUUUUUACAGCGGGAGGACCGAUGAUGGGGUAACACGGAAAGGAAUAGUGCUGUUUCUCUGCCUGGGUAGCGAACCGAAUGCUGUGCGUGUGCGUGCGUCGACGGAUGCGUGUUCUCAGUCUACAUCUUCAACUGUGUGUCUUUUUGUGUUUCCAUUUUGUACAUGGGCAUAACGUUAAGGAGUUGAACGGGGGUGGGAUUGUUAGGGGUUUGGAGACUCUCACACACUAUAGAUGUGAAAAUGUUUGUGCUUUAAAGGGAAGAGAGAGAAAGGAAGACAGCUCUAGCGUGUUAACAGAGAGGCUGUGGUUUCCUCCACAUCCAGGAACCUUGAAACCGGCUUUCUGGAGAGGCUUUUUUUCCAGUUUUCAUCUGCAGCCCCAGAGGCUUGGUGUUCCAAGGUUAGUGUAUCAUAGAAACUGUCCAUCAUGUUGUUUUCAGUCUCUCGAACGUUUUGCAGGCAUUGAUGUUAAAAUUUAGAGACAAACAACCAUAACGAAAAAAAGGAUUUGAAUGUCCUGUUAUUUAACUGCAAGAGCUACUGCAUCAGCAUGACCGACUGGUUAAAGUAGCAAACAGUGGAAACGAGUACCUGCGUGCUACGCCAUUGUUGUCGUAGCCUUGACACUCUUUUCCAUUUCUCCUUUUUUUUUAUUAGUGUAGUCAGAAAAAAAAUGGAUAGGAUGUUUGAGAGAAAAUGUUCAAGUUCAUCUCCAGAUGUUUAACGUAGGUGUGCUUCCCCAGACAGAAGCUGUCGGAACACACCGCUUAGAUGUGUGAGGUGUUUUCUUCUUUUGCCUUUUUAAAGAUGCUUCAUGUGCAAGGAACAUCAAACGAUUUUGUUUUAUUCCUUAUUUUAUUUGGAUCAUUAUUUUUUCCUCAUUCGCCCACUCCCUGAAAUUAAAUUGUCUUGAUAAAAUAUAUAUAUAAAUAUAUAUUACAAUAGUAAA